GCGGCCAGAGCAACGCUGCGCUCCCGCCCGCCACCCCCGAGUGCCCCCACCAUGAGCUACACCAUGGAGCCCUUGGGCAACCCCUCGUACCGCAGGGUGAUGACCGAGACCCGCGCCACGUACAGCCGGGCCAGCGCGUCCCCGUCCAGCGGCUUCCGCUCGCAGUCGUGGUCGCGGGGCUCCGGCAGCACCGUGUCCUCGUCCUACAAACGCACCAACCUCGGCGCUCCGCGAACCGCUUACGGCUCCACCGUGCUGAGCUCCGCAGAGAGCCUCGACGUGAGCCAGUCCUCGCUGCUGAACGGGGCGGCCGAGCUGAAGCUGAGCCGCUCCAACGAGAAGGAGCAGCUGCAGGGGCUGAACGACCGUUUCGCGGGGUACAUCGAGAAGGUGCAUUACCUGGAGCAGCAGAACAAGGAGAUCGAGGCGGAGCUGGCGGCGCUGCGGCAGAAGCACGCCGGGAGGGCUCAGCUGGGGGACGCCUACGAGCAGGAGCUGCGGGAGCUGCGCGGGGCCCUGGAGCAGGUGAGCCACGAGAAGGCGCAGAUCCAGCUGGACUCGGAACACAUCGAGGAGGACAUCCAGCGGCUGCGGGAGCGCUUCGAGGAUGAGGCGCGGCUGCGCGACGAGACGGAGGCCACCAUCCGCGCCCUGCGCAAGGAGAUGGAGGAGGCCUCGCUGAUGCGGGCGGAGCUGGACAAGAAGGUGCAGUCGCUGCAGGACGAGGUGGCCUUCCUGCGGGGCAACCACGAGGAGGAGGUGGCCGAGCUGCUGGCCCAGCUGCAGGCGUCCCACGCCACGGUGGAGAGGAAGGACUACCUGAAGACCGACCUGACCACGGCGCUGAAGGAGAUCCGCGCUCAGCUGGAGUGCCAGUCCGACCACAACAUGCACCAGGCCGAGGAGUGGUUCAAGUGCCGCUACGCCAAGCUGACGGAGGCGGCCGAGCAGAACAAGGAGGCCAUCCGAUCCGCCAAGGAGGAGAUCGCCGAGUACCGGCGGCAGCUGCAGUCCAAGAGCAUCGAGCUGGAGUCCGUGCGCGGCACCAAGGAAUCGCUGGAGCGGCAGCUGAGCGACAUCGAGGAGCGUCACAACAACGACCUGACCACCUACCAGGACACGAUCCAUCAGCUGGAAAAUGAGCUCAGAGGAACGAAGUGGGAGAUGGCGCGUCAUUUGAGGGAGUACCAGGAUCUCCUCAAUGUCAAGAUGGCCCUGGAUAUCGAAAUUGCUGCAUACAGGAAGCUGCUGGAGGGUGAGGAGACAAGAUUCAGUGCCUUCUCUGGAAGCAUCACUGGACCCAUAUUCACACACAGACAACCAUCGGUCACAAUAGCAUCCACUAAAAUACAGAAAACCAAAAUUGAGCCACCAAAGCUGAAGGUCCAGCACAAAUUUGUAGAAGAAAUCAUUGAAGAGACAAAAGUAGAGGAUGAGAAGUCUGAAAUGGAAGAUGCCCUCACAGCUAUUGCAGAAGAAAUGGCAGCAAAGGCUCAGCAGGAAGAACAGGAGGAGGAAAAGGCAGAAGAAGCUGUAGAGGAAGAAGCUGUUUCUGAGAAGGCUGCAGAACAGGCAGCUGAAGAAGAAGAGAAGGAGGAAGAAGAAGCAGAGGAGGAAGAAGCUGCAAAAUCAGAUGCUGCAGAAGAAGGAGGCUCUGAAAAGGAAGAAAUAGAGGAAAAGGAAGAAGGGGAGGAGGCUGAAGAAGAAGCUGAAGCCAAGGGCAAAGCUGAAGAGGCAGGUGCAAAGGUGGAAAAAGUGAAAACACCUCCGGCAAAGUCACCCCCUAAAUCCCCCCCUAAAUCCCCCGUAACAGAGCAAGCCAAGGCCGCCCAGAAAGGAGCAGCAGAGGUAGGAAAGGAUCAGAAAGUAGAGAAAGCUGCUGAGAAGGCAGCCAAGGAGGAGGAGAAGGCAGCAUCCCCUGAGAAGCCGGUGACACCGAAGGUGACCUCCCCAGAGAAACCGGCGUCUCCGGAGAAACCAUCAACCCCAGAGAAAGCGGUCAGCCCGGAGAAGCUCCGCUCCCCAGAAAAACCAACAACCCCAGAGAAAGUGGUGAGCCCAGAGAAACCAGCGAGCCCAGAGAAGCCCCGAACCCCAGAGAAAGCAGCCAGCCCCGAAAAGCCGGCGACACCGGAGAAGCCCCGCACUCCUGAGAAGCCAGCGACGCCAGAGAAGCCUCGCUCUCCAGAGAAGCCGUCCUCCCCGCUCAAAGAUGAAAAGGCUGUGGUGGAGGAGAGCGUCACUGUCACAAAGGUAACAAAAGUCACCGCUGAGGUGGAGGUGUCGAAGGAAGCCAGGAAAGAAGACAUUGCGGUGAAUGGCGAAGUGGAGGAGAAGAAGGAUGAGGCCAAGGAGAAGGAGGCUGAGGAGGAAGAGAAGAGCGUUGUCACCAAUGGCCUCGACGUGAGCCCUGUCGAUGAGAAGGGUGAGAAAGUUGUAGUAACCAAAAAAGCAGAGAAAAUCACAAGUGAAGGAGGGGACAGUACAACCACCUACAUCACAAAGUCGGUGACGGUCACUCAGAAGGUGGAGGAACAUGAAGAGAGCUUUGAGGAGAAAUUGGUGUCCACUAAGAAAGUGGAGAAAGUUACUUCACAUGCUGUAGUAAAGAGAUUAAAGAGUGAAUUAAACUCAAUUAUAGCUAAUUUAAAAAAAUAAAAAUCAAAGAGCUUGGGUCGGUGCAAAAGGUUAAGCCAUAUGACAGCUGCAAAAUGCAUGUGAGUGACGGCUUUAAAGCAGAACGGGUUCUCUCAUGGAGGCUCCAGACACACAGUAUUUUACUUUUUUGUGCAAUAUAGGGGAGGGGGGGGGAAUGCAUGCAGGCUCAAGAUGUGCUCCCUCCACAGAGCUUGGGGAACAAAAAAUAAAAAAUAAAAAUAAAAUACUAAUAAUAGUGCAUGAGUUGAAAUGUGCAAAGGAACCUUUUGAAUUUCCUGAGCUGUUGGAGGGACUUAUCUGAGGAAUGACUUAAGAUGUAUUAUGCAAAGAACCAACUGAGCCAAAACCAAACAGAAAACAGUACUAGAAUAUUCAUGAGAACCAGAACUCUCCUAGCCUUAAUAAUAAUUAAAAAAAAGCUACUUAUAAGUAAUUAUGUUUACCUCACUGGUGCAAUUAGGGUGGACUUUUGCUCAUGGGAGAACCUAGUUGACAUGCACAGUACGCAACCUUUUGUUGUUUGAUGUAAAACCGUCACAGCAGUUCUUGCUCAAUAAAGGUCAAUAUGAAAACA